AUGGAGCCGGAUCUCGGACCCAUGCCACAAGCGGUUGACGACUACGUAAUACCGGAAGAAUCGCUGCUUGGUUCAUGCAGUGGAGUUGAGAUGGUGCCGUCGAGCGAAUUUGUCACGCCAUUGUCACCAACCAAACGGUUUGGGGCUCGUAUAGCUGAAGAUUCGAUGAUUCCACCGGAAUCACCUGAUAUGAAGUUUGCUCGAAAUCGUCUUGGAACACUCUUAACAUCUAUUCGACAGGGUGAAACUCCAUGGCUGAAUCCGAUAGAUAAGAAACAGACGUGGAUUUAUGUAAAUGUAAUAUACACAUUUUUGUCUGUAAGGGAGGAGUUGCACGAACAUCGUCGAGGACCUGGACGCCCUAGAAAGGUGCAGAAUAAGGAUAAACAAAUGGUGUUCGAAUUGCGCGGGAAACCAUUUGAGCUUCGUGAUGGACGGAAAGAUUCAAUGUACCAACUCUGUCGCGCAUGGGUUCGUGGUAAAAGCUCUGAGCCUUGUGAACCGCAGAUGGCUCCAUCGCCACCUGGAGAUGCUUCAUUGGAUCUACUCGUCAUGCGAGACAUUGUAGCACUACCACGCGCCCGCUCACCGUACCCAGAGGAGUCGGAAUGGCCCGAUAAGGCAAAUAUUGACCAAUUUGAUUCUAGCAUAAAUCCUGCCGAUAUGGAUGCACUGCGUUCUGAAUAUGCUAGACAUUGGAAACAAGUAAAGGCAGGAUGGAAGUCACAUACACGUCGACGAGCCCAAAGGUAUCAUAGAAGUAUCCGUUUGUUGGAGACUGUAUAUCAUAUCAAUCAAGAUACUGGGACUUAG